UUCUACCCAUUUCCCACAAAUCCGAAUAAAUCUUUCUAAACUUUUUUUUUUUUUAAAAACAUCAAAAGAUUCGGUUUUAGGUACGCGACGGCCCGACCUUGAUUAGACACCAAUUCUAUCAUCUCUCUCUCUCUCUCUCUCUCUUUCUUUCUCUCCAUAAAACUUCCCAACUUGACCGUCAAGCUUAUUCUCUUUUCUCUCGUUUUAGAUCCAAUCUUCAUAUCUCUCUCUCUAUAUUUAUAUGAUCUGUCACUAGUCUUUAGCUAGAUCUUAAGAGAGGUGGUAUGGACGUUUACGCCCACAAAAUGAAGAGAUGUCAUGAAUAUGUUGAAGCCCUUGAAGAAGAACACAAAAAGAUUCUAGUCUUUCAGCGUGAGCUUCCUCUCUGUUUAGAGCUUGUCACCCAAGCGAUCGAGUCAUGUCGGAAGGAGCUAUCGGGAUCGUCCUCUAUGUCCGAACAUGUUCGUAGCCAAUCAGAAUGUUCUGAGCGGACAACGAGCGAGUGCGGCGGUGGUGGUGCUGCUGUGUUUGAAGAGUUUAUCCCAAUCAAGUGGAGUUCACCAUCUUCAUCUGAUCAUGAAAACGAUAGAGAUGGAGCUGAUGAGAAGAAGAUUAAGAUGAACAAUGAAAAUAACGGUGAUAAGAAGAAAUCAGAUUGGCUUAGAUCUGUUCAGCUAUGGAACCAAUCUCCAGAUCCACAACCUAAAGAGGAUGAUCAUCAAGUCAUUAACAAGCAGAAGGCUGCGGCUGUCAUUGAGGUCAAACGCAACAACGCCGGUGCGUUUCAACCGUUUCAAAAAGACAAACCUAAGGCUAAUGAGCGUUCUCCUCAACCGCUAAAAACAAUCACUCCUACGCCUACGACGACAUCUAGCUCCACGGCCGAAACAGUCGGAGGUAAAAGCGAGUUUGAGCAGCUAAAACAAUCUCAAUCCAGUAGGAAGCAGAGACGUUGCUGGUCUCCGGAGUUACACAGGAGAUUCUUGCACGCGCUUCAACAGCUCGGAGGAUCACAUGUUGCUACACCUAAGCAGAUUAGAGACCUCAUGAAGGUCGAUGGUUUAACCAAUGACGAAGUUAAAAGCCAUUUACAGAAAUAUAGAUUGCACACAAGAAGACCAGCUACUCCGUCAUCAACCAACGGCGGAGAAAAUCAACAACAACGACAGUUCAUGGUAGUGGAAGGCAUUUGGGUGCCGUCGUCGCAUGAUCGUGCAACGAAUACUAGAGUUUACGCUCCUAUAGCUACACAACCACCUCCGCAAUCUUCACCGUCGGGAGAGAGAAGUAGCCAUCGUUGCAAAUCGCCGGCAACAUCUUCUUCAACACACACACAACACCUUCUUCCUCUUUCCUAAAUAGUUCCCGAUUUUGUAUUAAAGAAUUCGUUUCUUCAUAAAUAUUGUUUUGUAACACCAAGAAUGUUCAUUCUAGCUAGGUUUAAUUUUUUUUUUUAAUAAACUGUAAACGAUAGAGAUAUAUAUAUAUUUUUUUUCGUUACAGAUAUAUUUACACACAAUAAAAGUAAGAUGUAUGUCUUUU